AUGGGAGAACGCUAGUGAAACUGACAGUUCCAUCAAUAACUCAACGCGGUUUAGACGGUUGUAAUUAAUUAUUUUUUUGUAUUUUCAUAUCAGAAUGUAUAUUUUUAUUUCGAUGGCUGUUCUUCCUCUAGUUGCUCGGUUUAUAACAUGUGAAUCCACGAAAGAACCACUAAACGAUGUUCAAUCAAAAACCACGUUCAGAAUCCCGAUAAACGAAGCUUCCACAUCCCCAGAUCCGUCGAAUACAUUGAACGAACCAUCUCUUUGGGAUAAUCGGCCAACGCAUAUCAAUAAGCCACCACAAGACUGGGUAGAUAAUAGUAAUACGAGAUAUAAAAUUCUACUAAGAGCUCCGCAUUCUUUAACGAAGCUUGCCAAAACGCUGUCAUUAGGAUUUGAUCCUUCGUUUAGUAAGGAUUACUUUGAGCCCUUCGAAAGACGACCGAGGCCGGUCACUCUAGUAUCUUUUCGUAAGAAUGGACUCGCAUCGCGACAUAUGAUCAAAUACGCAGACGACGAAAACGCAUCAGAGGUAGCAGAGCUUCAGUCACCAUUUAACGAAGUCAGUAAUUUUUGGCAAAAUGAACAAUUUUAUUAGUAGUAGGUCUAUAGGAAGUUGACCCUAUGUAUAAGCAGUUCAUCCAUUCAAGAUCGCCUUUCAACUUUGCAUGCAUUUUUGUAAUACCCUUGCAGUACAAACUUAAUCGUGUAUUGUAGUUUCGCCAUAUCUGUGUGUCCGUCCGUCCGUCCGAGGAAAAUCUCGAUGACCAUUAGCACCAGAGAGCUGUUUGGUAACAAUAUGUAUGUACAUACAUCAAUCAACCCAACAAAGCGGUAAAAAAUGUUCUUUUCAUUAAAAAGAAAAAAAGAUAUUCUUCCUCUAGGGCCCGAUUCUUCUAAGUUAAUAAUGUCAAAAUUGAAUCGCAAUAGCAGUCUUUGCCUCAUUUUCAUUCAGCCCUUAUCGCUGCUCCUCGCGCUGCGGGCAAUA